AGGCAGCAGGAGAAAGCCUGGCUGCGGAAUCUUUGGUACCAAUAAAGGGACCUCUGCCACCCAGGAGAGCCCACCUGCUGCCAUGGGCCGCUACCGCAUCCGCGUGGCCACUGGGGCCUGGCCCUUCUCUGGGUCUUUCAACCGCGUGCAGCUGUGGCUGGUGGGGGAGCGCGGGGAGGCAGAGCUGGAGCUGCAGCUGAGGCCAACGCGGGGCCAGGUGGAGGAGUUUGAGCAGGACAUUCCCCAGGACUUGGGGCCACUGCAGUUCGUGAAGUUGCGCAAACACCACUCUCUGGUGGACGACGCCUGGUUCUGCGACCGCAUCACCGUGCAGGGCCCGGGAGCCUUGGAGGAGGCCGCCUUCCCCUGCUACCGCUGGGUGCAGGGCGAGGGCCUGCUGACCCUGCCCGAGGGCACUGCCCACCUGGCAGGAAACAAUACCUUGGAUGUCUUCCAGAAGCAUCGAGAAAAGGAACUGGAGGAAAGACAGAAAAUCUACUGCUGGGCCACCUGGAAGGAAGGGUUACCCAUGACAAUUGCUGCAGACACUAUAGAUGAUCUGCCUUCAAAUAUGAGGUUCCAUGAGCAGAAGAGGCUUCACUAUGAAUGGACAGUGAUUGGAGGGCUUAUGGAGAUGGUCCUCAAAUAUGUUUACACCUUCCCAAGCCCCUGGAAACGCCUGGAAGAUUUUGACCAGAUCUUCUGGGGACAAAAGACUGCCCUGGCUGAGAAGGUUCACCAGCGCUGGCAGGAAGAUGAGCUUUUUGGCUACCAGUUCCUCAAUGGCGCCAACCCCAUGCUGCUGAGACGCUCCACCUCUCUGCCCUCCCGGCUGGUGCUGCCCUCGGGGAUGGAGGAGCUUCAGGCCCAGCUGGAGAAAGAACUCCAGAAUGGUUCCCUGUUUGAGGCUGACUGCAUCCUACUUGAUGGAAUUCCAGCCAACGUGAUUCAAGGAGAGAAGCAGUACCUGUCUGCCCCCCUUGUCAUGCUGAAGAUGGAGCCCAGUGGGAAGCUGCUCCCCAUGGUCAUCCAGAUCCAGCCUCCCAGCCCCAGCUGCCCCACCCCACCACUGUUCCUGCCCUCAGAUCCUCCCCUUGCCUGGCUCCUGGCAAAGAUGUGGGUCCGAAGUUCAGAUUUCCACGUUCAUGAACUCCAGUAUCACUUGAUGAACAUUCAUCUGCUGGGUGAGGUCAUCGCUGUGGCCACCAUGAGGUGCCUCCCAGGACUGCACCCUGUCUUCAAGCUCCUGAUCCCACACACCCGCUACACCCUGGACAUCAACACCAGGGCACGGAACCAACUCAUCUCAGAUGGAGGUAUAUUUGAUAAGGGAUGGAGCACAGGUGGAGGAGGCCAUAUACAGGUGCUCCGUCGGGCCAUGACUCAGCUGACCUACCGCUCCCUCUGUCCUCCUGACGAUCUGGCUGACCGGGGUCUGCUGGGAAUCCCAAGUGCCCUCUAUGCCCAUGAUGCUUUACAGCUCUGGGAGAUCAUUGCUCGGUACGUGGAGGGGAUUGUGCACCUCUUCUACCACGGGGAUGACGUUGUGAGAGGGGACCCUGAGCUGCAGGCCUGGUGUCGGGAGAUCACGGAGGUGGGGCUGUGCCAGGCCCAGGACCAAGGUAAGAUCCCUCCCCAGAGAAGGGAGCACCUUAAACCCUCUGACCAGAGGCCCUUUUCAGCCUUGCUCUUCUGGGACCAUGACCCCAACCCCUCAUCAUCCCUGACCCUCCACACAUGGAGUUUCCCUGUGUCCUUCCAGUCUCGAGCUCAGCUCUGCCAUUUCCUUACCAUGUGUAUCUUCACAUGCACUGCCCAGCAUGCAGCAAUCAACCAGAGCCAGUUGGACUGGUAUUUCUGGGUCCCUAAUGCCCCAAGCUCAAUGCGGAUGCCCCCACCCACCACCAAGGAAGAUAUCACAAUGGACACAGUACCACUGGGGCAUCACAAAGAAGAGUAUUUCUCAGGUCCUGAGCCCAAGGCUGUUUUAAGGCAGUUUCAGACAGAUUUGGACAACUUGGAAAAGGAAAUCGUGGCCCGGAAUGAGCAGCUAGAAUUACCCUAUGAACACCUGAAACCCAGCCUCAUAGAGAACAGCAUCACUAUUUGA